CGCACGGCGGAGGGCCCGGAAGACGCGCGAAGCGACGCGCGUUCGCCAGAGGCUUUCGACCGUCGAGCAGAGGGUUUCGCUCGCGCGUUUGAUACCGCGCCAAGCGGUCGCGCGUCUCGCGGAGGGGGCGUCAAAGAGGGGAAGGGGCGGAUCGCCAAAAAAUGCUCGCGACACAAGGCGACUCGGGCGAGUCGUACUGGGACGGGACCGCGAUGCGGCGGGUCGGGUCGGUUCCGGCGCUGCGCGUCAUCGGGUUCGAGGCGAGCGAACACAUUCAGGGGUUACGGGUUCACAGCAACACCAGCCCGCCGCUCGUGUCGAGCCCGCUCGCGCGCCUGCUUUCGUUACCGGCGGACUCGAAGGGCGGAGAUGGACGUGACUGGAGCGGGUACUCCUCGCGGAGCUCGGGCGACUCCGGUAACGACACGCUGUCGCGGUCGCUCAGCAACGACCACAUCAUGAGCACGACGUCCUCCACGAACAGCGACCAGGGGAACAGCGAGGAGGACUUGGAGCUCCACAUGUUCACCGCGCCCACGGCGCCCAUGGACAUCCCGUUCGCCCGGGGGCACCGGCACUUCAGGAGGAACAACAUCUCCCGCGAGAAGCAGCCUAGGAGAGUCUAGGCGAAGGGGGACCACAUGAGACGACCUACAACACUGUACAACACCAUAUUAUUUUUUGGAGGGGCGUCUGCGCGCCGAGAGCUUUGAGCACAAAGCCCCCGGCGCGCGGCGCGCCCCCCCCAACGGUCGCAACACGCAUCCCAUGCGGAACCCCUUCAUCACGACGAGACGAUCGAGCUCGAGAUCAUCGGCGUUACCAUCGCGGUGCCCUGAAAUUCUUAUUAUCAUCACCAUUCUUUAUCACCUGUAUUCUUUUAAGGACUUUUACCAUCAUUAGUUUAGUUUUAAAGACCCGCGCGCCAUUAAGAGCGGCGCCGGCAACACCCUGUUGUUUGUGUUUCACGAGAGACGAAGAAAGAUGUGCUUUGACGACGUGCGACUUAUUUUGUGAAUGAAAACACGAGAAACGUAUCGAA